ACCCACUUUUCUUCUCAAUACGAACAUAUGUACCUCGUAAUCGGUUCAAAGAGUUAGUCAUCAUGGACUAUUUAUUUCCCUUUAUCCCUGAGCAGCCCAACAUCACAAUCGAAGACAUCUCCAAUCUGCCUUCGAGGCCGCGACAGGCCGUCAAUGAUUUGUUGAUCUUGGCUCCCCGGUUGCGAUCUAUAAUCCAGCUUGCCAUUUGUCGAUCACGCUUCCUUGGUGGUCUCCCUUCACAUACAACAAUUGGGACGGUGAUGGUAACGAGAGGAAAGAUCGGCAGGUGGGCUUGGCGGCAUAAAGGAGGAUGAUCUUCGUCUUCUUCUCAGUUCCCUCGAUUAAUCUACUUGCUACCAUGAACUUAUCGAGGUUAGAUAAAAUUGAUUCCCACUUUCCUCCGAAUUCUCCAUCUUUGCAACGCUAUUUUAACUCAGGUCCUUCGAAAAACAAUCAGCGAUGAAUGAAACGAAUAAGUCACCGCCUUCAGCAUUAGAGGAGAUCCAUCCUCCGUCGGUGAUCUGGAAGCGAUCAGAUUCCAUGGCUCCGAUUUGCUGAAACUCUUCAUGACGAGGAACUCGCCAUCGCCGCUCUAUUCCCUAGCCAUGGCGUCAUUCCUAAGCCAGUGUGCUCCGAUUUGAUCUCUGCUUUUCCUGGCGCUUCCCCUGGCCAGAAUCCCUAGCUCACGACAGCGCCUACUCCGAACUCUUCGCCUUCAUUAUGGAUGGGGAGGCUGAUGUCUACUUCCUCACUAUCGCUACGGGUUCUCCCAUAACCGUUCUUGAGCUCCAUGAUUCGGCACUGUAUGAAAGGUGGCGUGGAGGCUUCCAGCGGGCUUGUUUGGACGAGAGCUGCUGGGGAGGGCGGUGAUAAUGGGAAGGUCGGGUUUUUUGCUGGGGUUUGGGAAAGAAGAAAGGAGGGCGGCGGUGAUUGGGGAACUGGCGGCCUGGGGAAUAAAUGAAGGGCCGCUCGGCCCAGGUCGGGUUUACCUAAUUUUUUAUAAUAAUAAAAUAAUAAUAAUAAUAAUAAUUAUUAUAGCUAAACCGCGAUUGCAACUUUAGUACGCAACUGUCAACCCAACCGAUCACGUAUUAUGGUCGAACCAUAACCCAAAAUUCGGGGUGUUACAUGAAUUUUUCAGGUUUAUCCUCCUCGUGCAUGCCCAGGAGGACGACCGGCAAUUUACUGCCACUUGACCCAGAGAUAGAGAGGACCUGCCGACAAAACAGGAAGCAGGUCAAGUUAGGGAAGCAGCCAACCACAACCACAACUCCUAGGCCUUCCCUAACCAAGAAUCGUCAACAGAGAGGGCAGGCUUCAUCACCUCUCGUCCCUACACCACCGACACCACCACCUCGUGACAUUGAGCCAGACAUCAUGGCAGACGAGGAUCGAUCAAUCAGGGCUCGUUUAAAUCGACGGACUGAAGCCCGAGCUUCAUGUGUUGUCAUUCCGGCUGGGGAUGCAACCAUGGAGAUUACCCCAACAUUUAUUAACAUGAUCACCAAUGGAUAUACUUUCUCUGGGGCUAGCAGUGAGGAUCCUCAUGAACAUCUCCGCCGGUUCGCGAGCAUAUGUGAUACGAUGAAGAGCCCGACUGUGUCUGAUGAUGCAAUCCGUCUUCGGAUGUUCUCAUUCUCUCUGAUAGGGAAUGGAUCACACUGGUUUCAGAACUUAACACCACGUUCCAUCACGACAUGGGCUCAGCUUGAAAAGGUCUUUCUGGAUAAAUACUUCCCACCUGCCUUGGCAAUGAAGAGGCAAGAAGAGAUUGUUACUUUUAAGCAGGCUGAUGAUGAGAGUCUGACUGAGGCAUGGGAGCGCUAUAAGGGGCUAUUGAUGAGAUGCCCAAGCCACGGUCUUGAAGAUUGGAACGUGAUCAUUAUUUUCUUCAAUGGAAUCAGAAGGGAGUUUCGGGAUGCCCUAAAUAAUGCUUCUCGAAAUGGUUUCACAAGGAUGGAGGCUCCAGCAGCAUAUGAACUUGUAGAGAAGAUAUGUUCAGAAGCCACUGAAUGGGGUAGUGAGACCAGUAUUCGAAGAAGAGGAGGCUUGCAUGAGAUAAACAGAGUUGAGAGUCUAAAAGCCAAGAUAGAUGCCAAGCUGGAUUCUAAGUUCGAUGCACUCGAACGAAGGCUGGCCAAGAUUGCUCUGGCUAGAUAAGAGGAGGUUGCUUUAUGUGAACUUUGCGAGGGUGCUCAUCAUAGGGAUAUGUGUCCACUGGGAGCUGCUCAGUUGGAAGAUGUCCAAUAUAUCAAUAAUUCGCGAAGUCAAGGCCAGGGUGGUAUGUAUUCAAAUACAUUCAACCCUCAACGGAGACAUCACUCCAAUAUGUCAUGGUCAAACAAUAAUCCAGCUGGUGUUCAAAACAUCCCACCUCCUGGUUUUCAACAGCAACAUCCUCAACCAGAGAAGAAGCCCCAACUAGAGGAGUUGAUUUUGGGUCAUAUGCAGAAAACGGACAAUAAUUUCAAGGGUCUUGA